GCCCUAGAGAGGAAGCCAGGAAGCCCGGCGAGGGGGAUGAAUUAAGCCGGGACACCUUCCUGCUCCGCCUCUUCCCGGGAUCAAAACUUGGGAUUUGAAUUUUAAUAAGGGGGGGAUUUGCCUCUGCAGGGGUGGCAGCUUUGUGCGCGGCGGGGCUUUGUGUGGCGGAGCUGGCCUGAAAGGUCGGAGGGAGUGGGGGAAGGCAAGACCCUUGGAGCUGCAGAUCCAGCUUUAAAAAAAAUAAUAAGGAUCGAGGGAAGAAGCAUCUGGCCAAAAAAGGAUGAUCGGAGCGAUUUACCCACGGCUUGGUAAUAAGAGAACAACUCGCAGCCUUGUGAAUUGGAAAUGUGUUGGCUCCGGGGUCAGCUGGCUUCCUUGAACGCUGCAUUACUGAGAGGAUCGUUCCAUUCGCCCUGCACAAUGGGAGCUAUGAGGUGGUAUGAGGGUAUUGCCUAAGGUCAGAGACUGGAGUUUUUUUUUGUAUGUGCCUGUCUGAGGUACAAAAUCUGGAUUUUUAGGGGGCAGGUAGAAGUCUUUGAACUCGGGAGAGAGCCAGCCCAAGGAAGACAAGGUUGCAAGCUCAGACUUGGAGACGAGGAAGGAAAGUGAGCACGAUAUCUUGUGGGAAAUGGCAGAACAAAGCCAUAAAGGGCUGGAGUCAGGGGAGGGAUCUGGAGGCUCAGGGAGAGACAGCUUUUCAGCCCAGUCCGGUGCUGCUCAGGACCUGUCCCGAUGGGCAUUAUCACGGCAGGAAGGAGUACCCCAACGCCUGGAAGCCCAGUGGCAAGAGUACUUGAAAACUGUCCAGUAUCCCACUGCAGGAUGGGGAGCAUCACAGCUGCCAGACUUGACUUCAUGGGAUGAGCUGGCUGCAUUUGACCGUGUGUUUGGUGCUUGCCAGUGGACCAGAGAGGGGAUGAGCCGCCUGAUGCCAACCCUCAGUGCCGAAGCCCAGCAGGCCUUAAGCAGCCUGAACACCCGAGACAAAGGGGAUCAUGGGAAAGCUAAAACCGCUGCCGUGCGAGGCAACCCCAGUAGUGCCGAGAUGCAGCGCCAGCGCUUCCGGCAGUUCCGCUACCAGGAGGCCGAGGGGCCCCGUGAAGUCUGCAGCCGGUUACGGGAACUCUGCCAUCGCUGGCUGGAGCCGGAGAGCCGCACCAAAGAGCAGAUCCUGGAGCUGCUGAUCCUGGAGCAAUUCUUGGUGGUUCUGCCACAGGAAAUCCAGAACCAAGUGCGAGAACGUGGGCCGGAGACUUGUGCCCAGGCGGUAGCCUUGGCUGAGGGGUUCCUUCUGAGGCAGCAGGAGAGUGUGGAAAGUGAACUACAGAUGAUAUCCGUGAAUCUCUCUGAAGACCAACGGGCUGCUUCUGGGGCCAAGCAGAGGCCUCUCACCAAGGAGGGCAGGCAACAGGAUAAUGGAAAGACCAGUGUACUGGGGACAAAGGUGGCAAACAGAGUCAGUGGGUCAUUUCAGCAUCCCAAGGCCAAGGAAGAGGGGACACAUACUGCUACCGGGAUGACCCCAAGGAAAGAGAAAUCCCACAUCUGUAUUGACUGUGGAAAAUGCUUUGCACGCCCCUCUGAUCUGGCUAAGCACGAGAACAUCCACACUGGCGCAAAGCCCUUUCGCUGCAUGGCGUGUGGAACACGAUUCAGUCAGUUGUCCCACUUGACCAGGCACCAGAGGAUUCACACAGGGGAAAAACCCCACACAUGUACUGAAUGUGGCGCAGCAUUUGCUCAACGGGCUUCUCUAGUGAGUCACCAGAGGGUUCACUCAGGAGAGCAGCCAUAUCGCUGUUCUCACUGCCAGCAGUGUUUCAGCCACCAGUCUGCGCUCAAAGUGCAUGAACGUAUCCACACAGGCCAGAAACCUUACAUCUGCCUGGAAUGUGGAAAGAGAUUUGUUUCCUCCUCCACCCUUAAAAUUCAUAAGAGGAUCCAUACAGGAGAAAAGCCAUUUUCCUGUGGCGAGUGUGGGAAGCGAUUCAUUCAGCGCUCCAAUCUGAUUUCCCACCAGCGGACGCACUCUGGGGAAAAGCCGUUUUGCUGUGGCGUGUGCGGGAGAAGGUUCAGCUACCCGUCGGACCUUACUAGGCACCAAAAGAUCCACACAGGGGAGAAACCAUUUCCCUGCGAUGAAUGUGAGCGGAGAUUCACCCGAUUCUCAGAUCUUCUCAUACACCGGAGAAUCCAUACGGGAGAGCGGCCGUAUCGCUGCCUUGAGUGCGGCAGGAGAUUCAGACAGAAGAGUGCUUUAGUAACACAUCAGAGGAUCCACACGAAAGAGAAGGCAGUGGAGAAAGGCAAGCCUGUGACAUCCACAGAGUCGCAGCCAAAGAGUGAACUGAAAGCCAGUGAAACAGAAGAGAAGGGAGAUACUCUAGGAAAGGAAAAGAAGUAGAAAGGUCCAUUGAGAAUUCGAAGGAACCAGCCUUGCCUUGUCUUUCCUGCUUCUGACCCAUCAAUUCCUCCUCAGUCUUAGAAGGAUUCUCUAGAGGACAAGAGGAAAUUUCAUCCUGUUCCCUUGACAGGUCCUUUUGCUUCUCCAAAACUGGUCCCUCACAAGAAUACAGCUGGAUCUUUUUGCAGAGGAACUUUGAUCGGGAGAUAAUCGAAGCUCACAAUAAUCAGCCUCAUCCUUAUCUCCAGCGACUUCGCUAAUACUUACUGGGAAGAGAUCUUGUCACCCAGUAAUGACUGGAAACUGAUUUCAGGCUCGGAUUCCUGUCUUUCUGUUUUCAUUGCAAGAGGACAGCAAGGGCUUUGUUAGGAAGAAGUUGUCUGCUCUGUGGAUCAGGCAUGUCAGAGAUGGUUUAAAAUCUUGCUGGAGCUGAAGCAGAGGAAUCUACUGAAAGGAGAACCCUUAAGGCUGAUCCCGGCUGUCAUAUUUCUCUGCCAGUGUUUCCCAACCUUGGGUAACCCAGGUGUUCUUGGACUGCAACUCCCAGAAACCCUGGCCAACACAGCUAGUG